AGUCCGUGCAGUUGAGCCGCAGAGACCCCGCAGUUGAACAGCUAAUGGCGGCGGUUGUCGUGUGAGACGAUCUCCUUCGUGAGGUGAGCGGGCUUUAUCCGGACCCGGGGCUGGAAGACGGAGGAUUUUGGGACCUCCCCGGUAACUCGAUAAUCUUUUCGGGACGGCGCCCUUAUGGGAAAGUUCUGACCGGGUAUAAAGUUUUACUGUCAUGCCCGUGAGAAUGGAUCAAGGCUAAAGUCUCCUUGACGCCCAGAGUUGCAGUGUGGGAGCUAAAGCGUCACCUGCAAUGGAGGAAGUGACAAGUUCUCUACCUUCAGUGACUUUUGAAACUGAACUCAACCUUGAAAUCUUGGAGAGCAGUUCUCCUGCCUCUUUUUCGGAUGACAAGGAACAUACGAGUGAAGAUGUGCUGAGAUCUGUUAAGCCAACAAGCAAGGAGUUCAAGAAAACUUGGGGAUUUCGUAAAACGACAAUUGCCAAGCGUGAGAUAAUUAGCGACACAGAUAUGGAGAGUGCGGACUCCACUCGGCAACAGACUCCGUCUCUGAGACGCAGUGGACGCCAACCAAAGCCUACGGAGAGGGUGGAAGAGUUCCUUACAGCAGUCAGAAGAAAUAGAGUGAGGAAAAGCAACAAUGUGGAAGAUUCCAGCGAUAGGUCGUGUCCAGUAACUGAUGUGGAAAGUGCAUCAGAAGGGAGUGUAGAGGGUACUCCUGAAGUAAAGCUCGAAUCCAAGACUAUAGACGCUUCUUCUAGUGCCCAGGUUAAAAAAGAAGAGGAUGACAGUUCUGAUAGUGAUGGAAUGACUCUGAAGGAGCUUCAGAACAAGCUAAGAAGUCGGCGCAGCAGCAACUCUGCAGGUGAAACUGUGAAUGUGCACGCCAUGAGCAGUGGAAACACAAACACUUCAGAGUCCACUGUCCGCACUAGGAGUGCAAAUCGUGCAGCCCUACUACAGCAGCUAGCUCAAACCAUUGCCAUAAAGCAGGAACCCCACAGCCCAGAACACAUACAGGACCAGAAACCGGAAAAGACAGUUGUCUCACCAAGAAGAAGAACUGAAGCUGAGAUCUAUGACCCAAAUGCUUUAUACUGUAUAUGUCGUCAGCCUCACAAUAACAGGUUCAUGAUUUGCUGUGACAGAUGUGAAGAGUGGUUUCAUGGAGAUUGUGUUGGAAUAUCUGAAGGUCGUGGUCGACUUCUCGAGAAGGAUGGUGAGGAUUAUAUUUGCCCCAACUGCACCAUUUUGCUGGAGCGUGAAGAAAGUGGAACAGAUAGUGACUACAAAGAGACAGCACCAGUUGCUCGUUCUUCUGAAGUUACCAGUUUGAGUUUUAUGCAACAGUGUGCUCUCAGUCAAGGUAUCAAAGGCAGAAUUGAGAAAGCUGCACACCCGAGUGGCAAAAAGAAACUGAAGAUUUUUCAUCCUGUGGCGGUUCCAGAGUCUGUAGCACAACCUCAAGGUAUGUCUGAGGCACCUCAGGUUUUACAUGAGGUUACUAGGUCUACGGAGUUGACGGACUCUCCAGAUAUAGCCAGGUGCAUUGGACCAGGUUGUGCAAACAAUGCUCUUCCUGACUCUGUGUACUGCGGUCAUGAUUGCAUACUCAAGCACGCUGCAGCCACAAUGAAAUCGCUUAGCUCAAGCAAAGAAAGCAAGCCUAAAGAGAAGAUCAAGGUGAAGAAUGAGAAGAAGUCACCGCCCAAGGCCCUGACUUCCUCGAAUCCUCCAGCUGUACAGAAACCUACAACCCCUGAGAAGACAGAUGCUGUAAUGAAGAAAGUCCUAGUGAUGAUACCAAGAAUGGAGGCAGAAGAUGGCAGCGAGACGAAAAUGGGAAGUGGCAGCAGCACGCCUUCCUGGGAGACUGACCAUAAUUACAUUGCAGUAAAGCCAGAAAAGACUGCUGCCAUUUCAUCUACACUAUUUUACAAAUCAGCAGAGAAAGUCGAAGAACCAGAAAAGAAAGUGGAGACCCCGACACCGCCUGUUAAAAAACCACCUCCAUCCCCUACAUCUGUUGGGAUGAUGAAGCCAAUAUCUGCUCUACCAAGAAUUCCAAUGUUAAAGAAGAUCUCUCCACCAUUAGCCCCCAUCAAACAGUCAUCUACGCCAGUUACAACAAGCAGCAAGAACCUGAUGUCUAUCAAACCCAAACCCAGUGCUAGCUCCAUUUUUUCUGCUAUUAGUAAAUUGCCACCAAUUCCAAAAAAGACUCAACCAUCAUCAUCUUCAGGAGCCACUGAGAAGAUGACUACCUCCAAUUCCUUGCCUAAAAAGCCCUCUGCUUCUCCUUCCAAUGCAACCUCCAGCUCCAGUUCUACUGCAAACUCAGCACCAGCAUCAAAAGUGUCUGCCAAGCCAACAUCCAGCUCCUCACAACAGGUUCCUAAUGUACAGAUACGACAGAACAUUCGGAGGUCGUUGAAGGAAAUUCUUUUAAAAAGGAUGACUGACAGCGAUGAUUUGGUGAUGUCUCAGAACGAAGUCGCUAACAUUGCCAUAAACAUUGAAAAAGAAAUGUUCAGCCUCUUUAAGGAUACAGAUAACCGCUACAAGAGCAAGUACCGAAACCUGAUGUUCAACCUGAAAGAUCCAAAAAAUCAGGGACUGUUCCACCGAGUCCUGCGUGAGCAAAUCCCAUUGAAUAAAUUGGUGCGUCUAAAGCCUGAAGACCUCAUAUCGAAGAAGAUUUCUUCCUGGAAAGAAGCUGGAUCUAAAUCGGGUGUGGUUCUGAAGGUCAAGUCUCGUGGGGAAAAUAAAUUCUCUUCCAGGAAUACAGUUAAUAUGGAGGAAUCCCCCCCAAUGUCUGAUACUGAUACGGAACAGCAAGAAACUGCUCGAGCUCCAGAGAAGAGUAGUUUGGCACUGCCAGAUGUAUUUACCAGCAUGCUAAACGAUACAACAAGCCAGCACCGUGCCCAUCUCUUUGAUCUGAACUGUAAAAUAUGUACAGGUCAGAUGCCAGCUGAUGACGAGCCUCCAAACAAACGUAUGAAAACUAUUUCCUCAACUGUCGUAAAGAAGGUUGAAACAAAACCAAAACCAGAACCAGAGAUUGUAGAUGAGCCACCUCCUCCCCCUGAAGAACCUGAAACACCUAUGGACACUGCUGAAGACGACGAGACUGUCCCUGAAACAGCCCCAAAGAAUGUACCUGUACCCAGUGCUUCCCCCAUAUACCCUGAGCCAAUUUUACCUAUUCUGCAAUCCCCUUCCAACCCUGUUACCACAGUCACUUUAUCUGGCCGAGAUCCCCGAAAAGCAAUCAACCGUCCCCUAGUUUCUACAGUGUCUGCUGCCCCAAAUGCAAGCCCUAAACUCAUUAAGGAUGAGGAACCGCCAUCACAGCCACCACCUCCUCCCGUCUUCAUGGCCCCCAAGUCAAUUCUGAUGAAGCCAACAUCUGACAUCCGAUAUUUAUCAUCGUCUUCACCAAACGUAAAUUUACCAGAUAUCCGGUCACCUCAAGAUGGAGAUACAUCCCUUUUCCUUUCUCGCCUGAGUCCGAUAUGGAAAGGAUUCAUAAACAUGCAGUCUGUGGCCAAGUUUGUUACCAAGGCGUACCCCGUCUCUGGUUCUGUUGAGUAUCUGAAUGAGGACUUGCCAGACACCAUUCACAUUGGUGGUAGAAUCUCUCCAAAGACAGUGUGGGAUUAUGUGGGAAAACUGAAGUCCUCUUUGUCAAAAGAACUGUCCUUGAUCCGUUUUCACCCUGCCACAGAAGAGGAAGAGGUGGCGUACAUCUCCCUGUACUCAUACUUUAGCAGCCGUGGUCGCUUCGGGGUCGUCGCCAACAACAACCGACACGUCAAAGACCUUUAUCUCAUACCACUAAGUGCAAAGGACCCAAUUCCAUCAAAACUGUUGCCUUUUGAGGGACCAGGUCUUGAAUCAACACGUCCAAACUUAAUCCUUGGAUUGGUUAUUUGUCAGAGAAACAAGCGUCCCGUUCCAAGUGACCCAGAUAAAGUAGAAGAAAAGCGAAUGAAAGCUCCAAACCAGGAGGAGAUGGAUAUUGUAAAUUUUGGUAAAACUCUUAUCCCAUCUCUAGCAGAAAAGAAGUUCCAGAAAUACCAGCCACUCUCAAGUGAUGUUGUUCAAAGUAAAACACCACCAGGAUCUCCUCCUCCACUUGCAGAAUCUGUUCCAAGGGUAGCUCCUUCUGCUCCUCCAUUGUCAUCUAUUAAAGUGGACACCAUAUCUGCAGCCAGCUCUGCACGUAAUUCUCCACCACCAGCAGCUGAACAGCCUGCAUCAGUGUCAAAGACCUCCACUCCACUGGAGCACAUUUUGAAAACUCUCUUUGGAAAAUCUGAUAAGAAAGCUGAUGAAACCUCAAACUCUCCUGCUGUAUCUUCUGAUUCAACAGUCACCUCUACUGUAGACCUUGUAGUUGAGAAAGGGUUUGUGGACCCCAUUGUGCAGCAGUUUGGUCAACUGACAAAAGAAAAAGGGUUAGAAGAGGAGGAUAAUGAUAGGCCCUAUGAUCCAGAAGAAGAGUAUAAUCCGGAAAAGGCAUUUGAUACUUCAGUAGUUGAUGACAAUAAUGAAGUGCCUUACGAACCUGAACAACCUUGUGAAAAUUUAUAUGAUGAUGAGGCAUAUGAUCCAGAGGAUGAAACAAUCUUAGAAGAAGCUAAAGUUCCAGUUGAAGAUUUCCCUAAUAAGAUGACUCCUGCUGGUAAAGUCAAGCCUGGGGAAGUAGGUGCCGAGAUUUUGAGCAAUGUUCCUGAUUCUUCUACCCUUUUGGAACAACAAAAAAUGUUAGAAGAACUAAACAAGCAGAUAGAGGAACAAAAAAGACAACUGGAGGAACAGGAAGAAGCUCUGAGGCAGCAAAGAGCAGCUGUAGGUGUGUCUAUGGCUCAUUUCUCAGUAUCUGAUGCGUUAAUGUCACCUCCCCCAAAAUCUUCCUUAAUAAAGAAUGAAUUCUUCCAACAAGAGCUUAGUAUAACACAGACUAACAUGAGUGCAACUUCAGAACCACUUAUCACUACCAGCCGAGAUCCAAGACAAGCCAGGGAUCCUCGACAGGCAUCAACAAAAAUGUGUUUAGAGUUUGGAGAUAUUCCUAGCAAACAGCUAUUAAGUGAGGAAGAACCUGAACCAUUUUUAUGUGAAUCUAAUGUGUCUAUCCCUGUAGUAAACCCAUUUUCCAGUACAGAGGAAGAUGCAAAACCUCUAGUUAGUAUCGAAAUCACUAAGCAAACUGAAAUAAUCCUUGAUAAAGUUGAGAGAGACUUGAAGCGAGAGGAUGCACCUUGGAAAAGCAUACAAGAUGUAACUAUUACAUCGGAAAGUUCAAUAGGCAUACCUAAAGCCCCACGCAAAGUAUUAUUACCAACACCUGAAGGUAUUCUACCACGAAUUCAGACUGUCCCAUUUACUGGAUUUCCUUUGGCACAAGAGCCAGCAUGGGAUUUGGAAUCUAGAAAUUUUCCUCGUAGAAAUCAUCCUGAUCCUUUCGAACCUCCAAGGGAAUCCCUUUUUGCACAGAACAAGGGCCAAGUAGCCUCUUUCCGGGAGGAGGGCAAUAGUAGGCAUUUGUCGCUUCCUAAUAAUUCAUUAUUGGGGCCACCACAACAUGACAUUCUACCACUGUUCGGCGAACAGAGACCACCAUCUAUGUCUAAUGCAGGUUUGCGACCAUCCUCCAUGUUUUCUGAAGACAAUUUUUCUGUUAAUUUAGAAGUAUACAGUAGCCUUCAGUCUGAAGAAAACCUUGAGCAAAAGGGACUUGGGUCUGUUAUGCCUGAACACUUCAGUCAUCAACCUCCUCAUCUGUUUAAAGACAGAGCAUCUAUUAAUACUUUUCCGACUCAAAAAGGACAUUCACCUCCUAGAUUUGACAGAGCAAACAGUCCACAUUUAGAAUUAGAAGUUUCUCGGUUUGGUGGUACUGGGGAUGCACCUCUGUUUGAUGGACCUCCAAGAUUUGAUGGUCCUAUAGGAUCCAUGCCAGUUCCAUUUAUGGGAGGACGAGCACAACAAUUUAAUUUUGAUGGUCCAUCUAGACAGUCUAGAGCAGCACAGAUUCAGACAUCAUUUGGAGGGUCUGCACCAUCAAAUCUCCCUCCUCGUGGACAAUAUCCAAAUAAAUUUGAAGACUUGCAGGGUUCAGGUAACUAUCCUGGACCAAGAGGCCUUUCACCUCAUCUGUUGGAUGAUCCUAAUAACAAUUCACCAACUUUAUUUCCCAAUCAGUGUCUUUCUGUUCCUGUCCCGUAUAGUGGACAACGGGGUCCUGCAACUUCUAGAUUUUCAGAUCAACCUCAACAAAUGCGACCUCGUCCUUUGCUUGAGCUUCCAACCAUUUUGCCUCCACACAGAAGUGAAAACUGGGACAAAGCUGGCCCAGAUUCCCAUCAGGAUUUUACAGAACAUAGGCAAGAUCCAGAUCACUGGGGAUCUACCAGUUACAGACAGAGUAAGGACCAUCGCAGUCAAGGUUUAGAGGGAAGACCUCGAAACUUUGAGGGAUCUAAUGAAACAGAGCAAUCAGAACAUGCAUCAAAUCAAGGAUCUGAUGAAAGACGAAGGGAAAGAGAAAAUGAUGUACAGUGGGACAGAGACCGUGGUAGAAACUGGAACAGAGAGAGAAAUUUUGAAAGAAACAGAGAUUUUGAUCGACCAAGAACAAGAGAAUCAAAUCGAGAUUGGGAGAAAAAGCGAGAUGGUGAUAAAGAUUUAGAUAAGAGGGAAUGGGAUAGGAACAGAGAUCGAGAGCGAAACAGAGAUCGUGAUAGGGACAGAGGAAGAGACCGGGACAGAGAACGAGAUCGGGAUAGAGAUAGUGACAGAGAAAAAGACAGAGAGCGAGAGAAGGACAGAGAUCGUGACAGAGAUAGAGACCGGGACAGGCAUAGAGACCGUGACAGAGAUUCAUACAGACGCAGAGAUCGAUCAAGGAGUAGGGACAGGUCUCGAAGUAGAGAUCGUGAUAGAGACAGGGAGCGAGACCGUGAGCGAGAAAGAGAUCGUGACAGAACAAGAGACCGCGACAGGGAAAGAGGACGAGAGCGUACCGUCCGCAGCAAAAGCAAUGAGACCAACAAAGACUCCAAAUUAGAUAGGUCGAAAGACUCUUCCAAGAGCACAUCAACAAAUGAGCCUGCCCCUUCAAGUCGGACAUGAUGAACUUUUUAAAGGCAGAGAAACAGGACUAUACUAAUGUACAUAUAUAUGUGUGUGUGUGUGUGUGUGUGUAUAUAUAUAUAUAUAUAUAUAUAUAUAUAU